UCCUCGUCCCCAAAACGAAGCAGUGCAGUUCGAUGAGCUAGAACUGGAAGGCGUGGAGAGUGGGAUCGCCGUCGAUAGUCUCUGCUCGCUCCAAAUCCCUCUCCAUUCAUUGUAGUUGCGGCGGCGCACCGGCGAGCAUAUGAAGAAGAUCUGAAGAGUCAGAAACGUCGCCUUCAGCCUCAGUUUGUUAUCCCCCGUAUCAUUUUCCGCUCCGGCGAACUUCUCUCGAACUCCGCCACUCAUUUCGACCUCGGACCGAGCUGCAUCUCUCGAAUCGGCCUGGUGCUUGAUGGAAGGUUAAUGAGAGAAUGUGAAACGAUAUUCUGAUUUUAGAACCAGCGCGCAUGCUGACUUGCUGAGCUCUCUCAACGGCCAUUUCUGAACUACCAGAAAUUAUGGAUUUCAGAUGUGCUUUGCGGCAGUCAAAUGUGUUUAUUCCGGGAGAAGGCACUCAUUAUAAGACCACGGAGCCGUCGAAUUCUUGUUUGAGAUUUAGAAGUAGACCUCUUAACUUUAGCAAUUUUAAGAAUCCGAGUAGUUUUAGAGUACCGUAUACAAACAGGAAAGCGAGGAGGGCUCUUGUUUCUUAUGGCUGCUACAAUUCGGCUGUGGGUUUUAGCAGGGAAUACGGUAACGACUUGUGUAUUUCAGGUGUGAAAGGAUCCUCGACCUAUAACUUAGGCAAUGCUUUCAAGAUAUCGAGAAAGCUCAGGCCAUGGUGUCAGGUUAAUGAUUCCUUGGCGUAUGUUAAUGGAAAUGGUAGGAAUGUAGAGUUCGUAGGCAGUGAUGAAAGCUCAGGACUGAGACCUGCUGAUGGAAAUGAUGUGGAUGAUUCGAGUAAAGGAGAAGCAGAAGGUAAGAAUGACAAGGAGGCGCCUAGUCUUGAGGAGCUAAGGGAUUUGCUGCAAACGGCAUUGAAAGAGUUGGAAGUUGCUAGGAUUAACAGCACAAUGUUUGAGGAGAAGGCUCAACGGAUAUCCGAGACUGCGAUAGCUUUGAAGGAUGAGGCGGAUAGUGCUUCGAGCGAUGUCAGUGAAACACUGGAUGCCAUACAAGCAAUUGUGACUGAAGAAGUUGUUGCCAAAGAGGCUGUUCAGAAGGCAACAAUGGCUCUUUCAUUAGCUGAAGCAAGGCUUCAGGUUGCUGUAGAGUCUCUAAGAGUUGCCAAAGGGGAAACUGGUACUUUUGAAGGUUCUGAGGAGGUUGAGCUGGAUAACGAUGCCAAGGAAGAGGAGGAAGCACUUCUGGUUGCUCAGGAGGAUAUUAGGGAUUGCCAGACAAAUUUAGCAAAAUGUGAAGCACAGUUGAGGAGAUUGCAGGAUAAGAAAGAUGAAUUGCAGAAAGAAGUCGACAGAUUAAAUGAGGUCGCGGAGAAAGCUCAGUUGAAUGCAUUGAAGGCUGAGGAGGAUGUGGCAAAUAUAAUGCUUUUGGCUGAGCAAGCUGUUGCUUUUGAACUUGAGGCUGCACAACAUGUUAGUGAUGCGGAGAUUGCCUUGCAAAGAGCAGAGAAGUCCAUCUCCAGUACUUCUGUUGAUCCUAUGGAGAAAGGGCAAAUGUCCGAUGACAAGGUGCCUGAGGAGGAGAAAACAAGUCAAGAAAGUAUUAGUAGCCCUGAAGAUGUUAGUGAUGCUGGAGAUAUCUCAGCAGGCCAGCCAUUACUGGACCAUCAGUCUGAUAAAGUCAGCAGUACCUAUGAAGAGCAGUCUCAACUGGAUGAUCGAGAUGAUCGAGAGAGUAAAAAUCUGGAUUUUGAUUCCUCCAGAGACACUGAACUGGAGGCAGAAAAGGUGAAGAAUGUGGUUCAAACUAAGAAGUCAGAGACACAGAAGGAGUUGAAUAGGGAGAGUUCUCCUUUUAGCUCUCCGAAGGCAUUAGUAAAGAAAUCCUCUCGUUUCUUUUCUGCAUCAUUCUUCUCUUUUGCAGUUGAUGGGACAGAGUUCACAGCAGCAUCAGUUUUCCAGGGUCUCAUAGAUUCUCUGAAGAAACAGUGGCCUAAGCUGGUGAUGGGGUUAUUGCUUCUCGCAGCAGGGGCUAGUUUUUAUGCCUAUCGAGCAGAGAGGAAUGGCCAACUGCUUCAACAGCCACAAGUUAUAACCGAUAGUUUCGAAGAAAUUUCCUCAAAUGCCAAACCUCUAGUUCGGCAAUUGCGCAAACUUCCUAAGAGGGUUAAAAAGCUAAUGGCAAUGCUUCCUCAGCAAGAGGUUAAUGAGGAGGAAGCUUCCCUCUUUGACAUGCUAUGGUUGCUGCUAGCAAGUGUCAUAUUUGUUCCUGUUUUCCAGAAAAUCCCUGGAGGCAGCCCUGUUUUGGGGUACUUGGCUGCUGGCAUCUUAAUCGGACCUUAUGGACUCUCGAUAAUUCGCCAUGUACAUGGGACAAAGGCGAUCGCAGAAUUUGGAGUUGUUUUCUUACUGUUUAAUAUUGGCCUUGAGCUCUCUGUUGAAAGGCUUAGCUCUAUGAAGAAGUAUGUCUUUGGAUUAGGGACUGCGCAGGUCUUGGUGACAGCUGUGGUUGUUGGCUUGGUUGCUCAUUAUGUCUGUGGACAGGCCGGUCCUGCUGCUAUUGUCAUUGGGAAUGGCCUGGCUUUGUCUUCCACUGCUGUUGUUCUGCAGGUGCUGCAAGAGCGUGGUGAAAGUACAUCUCGUCAUGGACGGGCCACAUUUUCUGUUUUACUUUUCCAGGAUUUGGCAGUAGUGGUCUUGCUUAUCCUCAUACCUCUUAUUUCACCAAAUUCAUCCAAAGGAGGGAUUGGUGUUCAAGCCAUUGCUGAAGCUCUUGGAAUGGCCGCAGUUAAGGCUCUAGUUGCCAUUGCUGCUAUUAUUGCUGGAGGCCGCCUGCUUCUUCGUCCAAUUUAUAGGCAAAUUGCUGAAAAUCAAAAUGCGGAGAUAUUCUCAGCAAAUACACUUCUUGUAAUUUUGGGUACUAGUCUUCUUACAGCCAGGGCUGGACUUUCUAUGGCACUGGGAGCCUUUUUAGCUGGCUUGCUCCUUGCAGAAACUGAAUUUUCCCUGCAGGUUGAGUCUGAUAUUGCCCCUUAUCGUGGCCUCCUGUUGGGUCUUUUCUUCAUGACGGUUGGGAUGUCGAUUGAUCCAAAACUACUUUUAUCAAACUUUCCAGUCAUAACGGGAGCAUUGGCACUCCUAAUUGGUGGCAAAACUAUAUUGGUAGCCCUCGUGGGGAAGCUCUUUGGUAUCUCAAUAGUUUCUGCAGUAAGAACAGGCCUUCUUCUUGCGCCGGGUGGGGAGUUUGCAUUUGUUGCUUUUGGUGAAGCCGUUAAUCAGGGAAUUAUGUCUCCUCAGCUAUCAUCCUUGUUGUUCCUCGUGGUGGGAAUCUCGAUGGCCCUUACACCGUGGCUAGCUGCUGGAGGGCAGUUAAUUGCAUCUCGAUUUGAGCUGCACGAUGUCCGGAGUUUAUUGCCCGUUGAGAGUGAGACAGAUGACCUUCAAGACCAUAUCAUCAUCUGUGGAUUUGGACGCGUUGGCCAGAUUAUCGCUCAGCUUCUUUCGGAACGACUGAUCCCAUUUGUCGCACUAGACGUAAGGAGUGACAGAGUAGCAAUUGGGCGUGCACUAGGCCUUCCUGUAUAUUUUGGGGAUGCUGGUAGUAGAGAGGUCCUCCAUAAAGUUGGAGCAGAGAGGGCAUGUGCUGCUGCAAUAACUCUAGACACUCCUGGUGCAAAUUACAGAACUGUUUGGGCUCUGAACAAGAACUUCCCCAAUGUGAAAACUUUUGUCCGAGCUCAUGAUGUUGAUCACGGCAUCAACUUGGAAAAAGCCGGGGCUACUGCAGUUGUACCGGAGACAUUGGAACCAAGUCUACAGUUAGCUGCAGCUGUCCUUGCACAGGCUAAAAUGCCAACGUCCGAGAUUGCAGCAACGAUUAAUGAGUUCAGAUCCCGGCACCUUUCUGAGCUGACUGAGCUCUGUCAAGCCAGUGGAAGCUCACUGGGAUACGGAUUUUCUCGGAUCAUGAGCAGACCCAAAUCUUCAUCUUCAGAUUCUUCAGAUGAGAGCCAACUCUCUGAAGGAACACUGGCCAUAUAAUAAAAGCAAAAAAAGAAGAGACCCUGAAUGGAUCGACUUGACGGUUCAAAGAAAAGGAAGAACAAACAGUUCUGUAUAGCAAAUUUACAUUCCUCAUUGGUGUACAUUGUAGAGGGAAACAAACUGAAAAAACCUUAAAACAAAUAGCUGAUGGCAGGCCUUAUAUGGAUUUUCUCAAAUUUUGGAUAGAUCACUUCUUCACAAAUUCUUUUCUGGGAAAGGUGCCUUCAUCGUCAAUAAUAUGUUUCUCAAGGAAAAACAUGGGACCCUUUGUAAAAACUUCGACGCAAUUCUCCUUAUGCAUCAAGUGGGAAGUUUUGAUGCACUGCUUUUAACAGUCAAUACAUUCCUUUUCAUCAUUCAAUA